AGGAAGAGUACGAAGCACGUGGUUAUGGACGGAUGCGACAUAUCUUAUAAAAUUGUAUCAACUUUAUUUUUAAAAUUUUGUACAUUGAAUUGAUAUUAAUUUUUUGUAAAUUUUGUUGUGACAGAAGGAAAAUAAACUUCAUUAAUAAUGGCAACGUCGUUAGCAGCACAACUUAAAAAAUUAAGAACUCCGCAGACGAAUUUACUGCUACAGGAUAAAAAACGUCCUAGCUUGCUGUUUGACCCAAAGGAGGCUGCGAAUUUGGAUAGGGACACUGUGUUGAGUAUAGGCCAGAGUGGUUUGGAGGAAUUACAGAAACUUUCAUCAGUAUUUGAUGAAUUUCAAGGUACAUUAUUUGCACAGAGUUCUGUAAACUUUGAAAGAGCUGUCCAGAAUGUUACAUUAAAUAAGCAACUGGAUGCAGAGAUUGCAAAAUUUCUAUUAUUAUCGACUCCAUAUUUCUUACUGAAUGCCUGCCACAAAGCUCUGGAGUGGCUUGUAUUCAGAUAUCACAUUCAUCACUAUAAUAGAGAGCAAUUUAUUCUUCUGAUCUUACCGUACCAUGAAACUCGUAUAUUUGUUAGAGCCCUGCAAUUGAUAGAUCUGUCAGAUGAGAGCGAUAAAUGGCAUUGGUUAGUACCUAUGCAAAAACGCGGUAUAACUCUAUCUUCCGCAAUUCUCGUCAAUCGUUUGGUCGCAGAUAAAGGAAUCCUGAAGACGCUAUGUACUCAUGUGACAUUUGCCACGAAGACUUAUUCCGACAAAGCAUCUUGUCUGACCACUUUGUAUUCCUUUUACACUACGGCAGUGUUAGGAAUGAUUGAACUAAUAACCAUCACUGAGGUUGAAGUAAACUAUCUAUUACCAACUCUUCUUCAAGGCUUGAGAAGUCCCAUUCUUGAUUUUGCUGCCAGCAGCUAUAUGAUUAUUGCAAAACUGAUAACAAAGGCGAAAUUGAAUGACGACACAAUAGAGAAAUUGUUGUUGACGACGUUCAAGAAUUCACACAUGAAACAGGAAGCUACUAUUUUUCUACUCCAUCUUUACCAAUCUCAAUUAACUGUUAUACCGCAAAGUUUGAUUCUUCAAUUAUCUGAGCUACCUUGGUUUGUUACGACGAUUGUCGCAACAAUUAAGUUGGGUACUAAUGUCUCAAGAUUUAUUCUACAUUUUCUUCGAGCCGCUUGCCAACUUAUCUCCGAGAGUAGUGUGCAAAACAUGCUCAGCAAUAUGCUGGAGCACAUUAGACUCGAUGAUGAGACAGCGGACGCUAUUUUAGCUACAUUAACAUGCGACUUUAAAGAUGAAGCUUUAAGUAGCGAAAUAAAAAGUUUUCUAGUGAAAUUUUAUCAGAAUUUUGAACGCAGCUAUCCAGAGAAUUUUGAUAGAUAUCUAAAAAAGCUGAUGAAGCAGAGCGAGUUUGAUGAAAAAUCUAAACAGGCGUUACAUUUCCUUACUUCAAGGUCUUUUGGCACUAAGAACACACACGAGUCCGUCGAGAUUUUGGACAAACUAACGCACAUCAGCGCUGCGCAACGUGUGAUUGCUCUUGAAAUUCUCGCUAAGAACAACAUCAAUGUGUUCGAGAGUUUUCGCAGCAUAUUGACGAGUACUCUUCAAGCUAGAUUUUAUGAUGACGACAUUAACGUUGUAAAGACUCUGCUGUCUUUUCCUACGAAGAAAUUGAUUAGUUUGUUACCCACAGAUACUCUGAUGGAUGAGUUACUGGUUUUGUUAUCAACGUGUCACACAGCAUCGAGAAAAGUGUUAGCUAAGCCAGCUUUGAAGACACUGUUAGAACUUUGCGAUGAAAGCGACGAUACUAGCAUCUUUAUCACAGCUUUACCAUAUCUAUUUCCAGCUACGGAUGUAGAUGUAGAAAUUGCUAUGGAAGUUCUCAAUUCAAACUUUGCUAAGAAUAAUAUAUAUAUGCAAAGCGUGGUGCAAGACAUUAAUAAAUCUAAUUUGAAUGCCGAAGUGAUAUCUUCUGCUGCUUUUCACAACAUAUUAAACCAUGCGUUGCUACCGCCUACGGAGAGUAUAUUGAAUUCCAUGCGGCAACAAAUGUCGCAUGGCGAUGCGGCAUCUUUAUUCUUCAACAUGAUACUAUUAGGAUCAGUCUGCAGAGUACCCGUGGGCUCAAUGCCGCCUAAAACUGCACGGGACGUGAUUGAAAUAGCCACGGAGAUGAUUAAAACAUAUUCGCACGUUAAGCUACUUCGCAACUGUAACAAUAUUACUGGCAACAACAUUCAAAUGGCUCUGAAGCUUACAUCUGAGGGAAUUUUGCCGCUUCAAGCAGGAACUUACGUUCUCGAAAUGGUGCACAGGCGAUUGAAUAUUAAAUCCGAAUCAAAACUUGAUUUCGACCACAACGCUGAACGAAGCAAUCUGAUUCUGCGACUACUAGAGAUGUUCAUUGAAGGCAUGGACAAUAAAAGUUGGCGAAAGCACUAUUCUAGAUGUCUACAAAUCUUCUUCCAGCUUCAUUUUGCUACAGUGAAGGAUCUUAUCUGCUUUCUUGCGCAGUUCUAUGCAGAACCCAUAAAAACAAAAACAUCCUAUCACUGUUUACAGAUUUCCUUAUUACUAUUAAAUCAGUGUAAAUCCGUCCACUGGGCAUUUGAGGAUCAAGACUUUGUUACCAAUUUGCUACUUUCGUUGGCAAGACGUAAUAACGAAUGCAGAAGAGUAGCGAUAGAUAUUUUAAAAAAGAUAACACAGACUUUUAGUCUCAGUACGGAACCAUUCUUCGUGUUGUUGCAGAAACUAGCGACAAAAAGUACAGAAAUCUGCAGUGAUUCUGAUGAACUUGCAUUCUACUUCUACUUCUUCCUUUCUCCAGAUCCACAUGUUUCUCAUCAAAUAAAAGAACAUAAGAAGUUGCAGCAGACUCAGAAAUUAUUAUUUGACAUGGUGACACAGCAGAAUGAAGAAUCAAAAAUUUCUCUGACUCAAAGAUCACAACUCCUUGAUAUUUUGGUGAAUGUUAAUAGUACCGAAAUCCUCCAGCAAUUGGCUCCGAUAGGUCUUCAGCUUGUACAAAAGCUAGUGGAAGAUCCAAAAAAUAAACCGGCUGGUAGUGCUUUACGAAAUAUAUUGGAUCGUUUUACCAUAAACACAAUUGAUGCCCUGAAGGACGACAAAGUAUGGUUGCUCUUCACAACAUGCAUUCAAGUACACGAAUCCUGUGCAGUUUUAGAAAAUGGUAAUCGAACUUCGCCGAGCAUCAUGAUGUUAAAACGAAUUGAUAUACUCUUCGAUGCAAUGUCUCAUGAUGUUAAGGUCAGCAUCCUGUCCAAAAUCCUGGACGUGAUGAUUGAUUGCGAGAUUAACAACGUAGUUUCUGUCGCGGGAAAGACACUUCGCCGGUUGCACGUGGAUGCGACGAUCUUAAUUUCAGAAUUGAAGGCCAUGAUGAGCAACCAAAUUCAAGAAGAGGCGAGCUCCGAGAUAAAGUCAAGCGAAAGAAAGCGGAAAAAGCGACAGAGUCAAACUCAGUUGGCGCAUUCGGCGAUGAUUCACAGUCGGGCGUGGAAGCGCGGUGUCAUCCUGUUGGAGUUUGCAGAGCACGCCGACAACAUUAAAAAUGAGGAACUGCUUUAUGGUGUAUUGUUUGAUUUGCUAAAUGUUUGUCUGAGUCUGGAGGAACAGAGCCCAAUCGAAUAUACGAAUCAGCUGCUUCUUUCAACAAUCUUUUGGAUGAUGAAGAAGAAACUGCCAGUGCGUGACGCUGACUUGCAGAUUUCGCUUAUUGUCAAGUGCAUCAGAACGUCGCGCAAUCCGCAGACGCAUCAUCAUGCAUUACUGGUGCUGGUCGAGUUUUUGAGGAAUAUGAAUGUCCAUCGUGCUCUUUUUAAUCUCAUGCCAAUUUUCACAUUUAUGGGCAGCACGAUGGUGCGGCAGGACGACGCUUAUUCCAUACAAAUCAUCUCCAAGACUCUGGAAACGGUGGUACCAAUCAUAAACGCAACUGACAAUGCGGUACAUGCUUGCGAAUUGCUGAGGACCUUUAUUGUCUCGUUGCCUCACAUUCCUGAGCAUAGGCGGAUGCCACUCUUUGUCAAGUUGCUGCAGCUUCUCGACAAUUAUCUGCAUUUGUAUUAUUUGCUGACUUUCGAGAGCUACGUUAUGAAGAUAGCAAGCCAGAAGGUCGAACAUCCCACUCAGUGGUUAGAUUUUGCUCUUCAGGUGUCUCAAGAAUUUCCACCGUAUCGAUUACUUCAGAUUUGCACGAAAGUGGUCCAGUUCAUCAAGCUCUUGCCAACUGAUAUCGAGGAAGAACAGGGCAGAAGGGAAGCAAUGAAAUUUCAAUAUAAAAAUAUUUAUGACGUGACUAAGUCCACGCCAAAAAGUCUUCGGCACUAUAAAAUGACGGCUGUACAAUUUCUCAGUAAUCUCUUGUCGUCCGAGGAUUUUAUCAAUCGUGUAGCUGUGCUAAAUCAGGAUGAGACAGACAAUAUAAACAAGCAUUGCGAUCAUCUGGCGAUCGAGUUGAUUAUGUUGAUUCAGAUAAUUUCGAAGAUCGCUGAUCAGCAUCAAAACAGACCAAGUGCCAAGUACUGGAAAGUGUUAUUACACCAUUUGUACGAUGUGUUGGAUUUAGUGAACAAUCUAUUACCAAAUACUCUGUUCCUUCAGAGUAUCAAGAACCUCCUAAAACAUGAAGUCCUAUUAGUAAAGAAGAAAGCUCUAGAAUUGUUAAACGCAAGAUUGCUUCAGAAGAAAUUUGGUGAGGAUGCUCACGAAGAACUUCUGAGUUUGAUUAAACCUUUGACAGACUUCUUCAAAGUUGAAGUAAAGGUUGAAAAUCAGGAACAAGAGAUCGUACAACAGACUGUAUUAAUAUCUUUGAAACUACUAACGAAAUUAUUGGCCAUUGACCGUCCUGCUGUUUUUAGACCAAUUUUGGAUAUAACGACAGAAUUGUUAGAAUCCAAAAAUGGUCCGGUAUUAGCCAAUGCAGCGUUGUGUGUAGCAGAAUUAUGCAGUUCAAUGCGAACCCAUGCUCUGUACUCGCUGAACAAGUUUGUGCCUGCAGUUUUAAAGUUGUUAAAAACUCAUUGCUAUCAAAAUGUGCCGGAUGUUAUAGUCAUUAGCAUCGUGAGUGCAUUGCAGAAGAUAGUGGAAUCUUUGGGAAAUUUCCUGUCGCUCUACUUGGAUCAACUCUUAUACGAAUUGACAAUGCUCAGUUCUCAGUAUACCAACACGGAUCAUCCUAAGGCUAGUAUCGUUAUUUCGCGUCUGAAGGCAACAACGCAGAAAUUAUCCAGUUGCAUACCUCUGCGAGUGCUGCUGCCAGCUGUUAAUGGAACUUAUCAAUUGCUAUUAGACAAAAAAUCUUAUAUAUGUAUACCAUCCUUGAUGAGUGUGCUAGCAGAAUCCUUUGACAGUGUGCCUCCAACAGAACUGAAGGCGGAAGUCGACAAUCUCGCCAAUUUCUUCCUCCAAAUUCUUCAAUUUCGUGAAAGAAUCGAAGAUAACAUGGAAACACAAAACGACCAACAAAUUACAUUAAAAGACAUCGUCGCGGUUGAGGAAAGCGCUAGUAAAGCAUUGGUAGCAUUACUCUUGAAAUUGAGCGAAGUAACGUUUAGACCAUUCUAUGAUAAACUUUAUGGAUGGGCAGCGAAUGAUACACAGCACAAACAACGGAGUAUAACAUUCUACAGAUUAUCGGCAAAUAUAGCAGAAUGUUUGAAGUCCCUGUUCGUUCUGUUCGCUGGACUUUUUUUGAAGCAUGCGGCAUCGUUACUGAAGAACAACAACAUGUUCAUAACGGACACUCCGCAGGAAUUGACGCUUCCCGAUGAAUCCAGCAGAAUUGAGCUGGUAGAGGCAAUUCUAUUGACACUUUAUCGGGUAUUCAGUUAUGAUGUGCAUAACGUCGUCGUUGAGGACCGAUAUGAGAUUCUCAUGCAACCGAUAGUGGAUCAAGUGGAAAACACAAUGGGAACUAGAGAAGAAUAUGAGAUUCGAGCUAGUCAGCUUAUUGUACCUUGUAUAGCUUCUUUCGCUAGCGCCAUUUCCGACGAUUCAUUGCACAAACAACUGGUCUAUCAAACGUUGUUGAAAACGAGGCAUGCAAAGCCUUACGUCAGAAGCACAGCUUUGAAUGCAUUGGUGGAAAUCGCGAGAAAACUCGGCGAGGAUUUUAUGCCAUUAUUGCCAGAAACCGUACCAUUCCUGGCGGAAAUGUUGGAAGACGAAGACGAAGCUACAGAGAAGUGUGCGCAGAAUGCUAUUCGAACUUUAGAAGAAAUUUUCGGAGAGUCUUUGCAGAAAUAUUUUUAAACAUCUCCAAUGUGAAUAUGUUUUAGCCUGUAAAUAUGUAAAUGUGUACAGAGUAAAUCUGAAUAAAUCACAAUUU